GAAAAUUAUGCAGUUGAGAAUUUAAUUUGCAAUUUUUGUAUUGGCUCUUUAGUCUUUAGGAUUGACCAUGGAUGAAAAUAUCAGCCAAAAUCAUCCACUCCUCACACCGCUAAACCACCACGACACUGCUGUGUUCACAACAAAAUCUGAUGACAUCCCUCCGAUCACCGGCGCCGGAGACUUCGCCAGAGAAUUCCUCGCCGAGUCCAAGAAGCUCUGGUACCUCGCCGGCCCCGCCAUCUUCACCUCCAUCUGCCAAUACUCCCUGGGUGCCGACACUCAGGUCUUCGCCGGCCACGUCGGAACACUGGAGCUCGCCGCUGUCUCCAUCGAAAACUCUGUCAUCGCCGGCUUCUGCUUAGGCAUCACGUUUGGGAUGGGAAGCGCGUUGGAAACGCUUUGCGGGCAAGCUUUCGGCGCAGGACAACUUCAUAUGCUGGGAAUAUACAUGCAGAGAUCGUGGGUAAUUCUUAACACGACGGCAGUGCUGUUGAGUCUUCUGUACAUCUUCGCAGAGCCUCUUUUGAAGCUGAUAGGCCAAACGGCGGCGAUAUCAGAGACGGCGGGGAUGCUGUCACUGUGGAUGAUUCCGCAGCUUUUCGCGUAUGCAAUGAACUACCCGAUUCAAAAGUUUUUGCAAGCGCAGAGCAGGAUCAUGGCCAUGGCGUGGAUAGCCGCGGCGGCGCUGGUGCUUCACACGCUCUUCAGCUGGCUACUCAUGCUGCACCUGGGGUGGGGCCUUGCCGGUGCCGCUGUGGUGCUCAACUCAUCUUGGUGGUUCAUAGUAGUGGCUCAGCUUGUUUACAUCUUGAGUGGGUCGUGUGGUCAAGCUUGGAGUGGCUUCUCAUUCAAAGCCUUUCAGAAUCUUUGGGGAUUUGUUCGUCUCUCACUUGCGUCUGCUGUUAUGCUCUGGUAUGUUGACUUUCUUUUGUUUAAUUUGUUUGAGAUGAUGCAAAGAAAUGUAUCACCCGCUUUAAUUAUUAUCACGUGUCUUUAUUUAAUGGCAAAUCUUAGUUAUUUAAGAUCACGAUCUCCUCCUUCAAUUCCUAAUUCAACAGUUAACAACCAGCAGCCCCACAAUUGUAUGUAAACACACUACAACAUAAAAGGUUUUUCGCAGCGACAAUUUUCGCUGCGAAAAUCCGUAAGUUGUUGGGAAAAGUACUUUUCGCAGCGAUAAAAAUGUCGUUGCAUGUCGUCACGAAUA